AUGCAUCCCAACAUGCCACAAGCCCUCUGUUUCCAUUGCAUCUUCAAAAGCAAUAUGCCGAUUCCAUCAAUGGUAACUGUUGCUAUUGAUGGAGGUAUUUCUGUUGUUAUUGAUGGAGGCACUUCUGUUGCUAUUGAUGGAGGCACUUCUGUUGCUAUUGAUGGAGUCACUUCUGUUGCUAUUGAUGGAGGCACUUCUGUUGCUAUUGAUGGAGGUACUUCUGUUGCUAUUGAUGAAGGUACUUCUGUUGCUAUUGAUGGAGGUACUUCUGUUACUAUUGAUGGAGGCACUUCUGUUACUAUUGAUGGAGGCACUUCUGAUGCUAUUGAUGGAGGCACUUCUGUUACUAUUGAUGGAGGCACUUCUGUUAUUAUUGAUGGAGGUACUUCUGUUGCUACUGAUGGAGUCACUUCUGAUGCUAUUGAUGGAGGUACUUCUGUUACUAUUGAUGGAGGCACUUCUGUUACUAUUGAUGGAGGCACUUGA